UAGGCCGCAGCCAAGUAGAAAUUCUUUCAAAUUGUAAAUAAGACAUUUUAUGAACACUAUACAACAGUUAUUUUAUUCACGUUUGUAUUUUUCACGGAUAUGAUAGUUAAUAUAAACUCUUCUAAGUUGAUAUACGAGCGGAUAUCGAUCGUACUUCUAAUUACAGCCAACGUUUUGUACAGCCUAGCUUGCUUCAGCCAUUCAUGGUUCCAAUUACCCGAUGUUUCUUAUGGUUUGUGGGUAGCAAAAUACUGUGAUUACCUGUCGUGCCAAAUUAUUCCAGCAUUCUUUACGGAGGAACCAGUAUGGUACCACAUCCUACAAGCUUUGGGACUUUUUGGUUGGUCUUUAAUGGUAGCUUCAUUAGUUCUUCUUACCUCUAAGAAGUUUGAUACAAGCAUCCCACAAUCAUGGAUAUACCAUAAACAGCUGACAGUGUCUGCAGUCUGUAUUAUAUCAGUGUUCGUUAUAUCCCUUUGUUUGGUGAUGUUUUAUGGUAAGCUGGACGAGUCGUAUACGUCUGCCAGUCCAAAGAUUCAGUGGUCAGCCAUCUUAGCAGCUGCUGCGUGCAUUCUACAGUUUUGUGCAGGUCUCUUACUCACACAAGCGUAAUAAAAUGGAAAAUGAA